UACACUGGCACUGUGAGUCAACAUGCAUUGCUUGCACUGAGUGUGCUGUUGCCCUCUGAUGUCCCUUCCUCUUUGUUCACUUGAGAUUUUCUGUCCAUUUCCCGAGUCUGUUGCCAGUGGCUUCACUCUCACUUUCAGAGGAAGUGUCCCUGAGUGAUGAGGUUAGCUGAAUCUACAGUACUCAUUUUCAGUAUCAUCAGAAUGUCCAGUGUUGUCCAGAGCUCUCUUUGGGAACUUAUAAUGACCCAGUGUUUGUUCAGUAUUAGCAUGUAACUGCGUUUAUCAGAGUAAUGCUUAGAUUGUGCUUUGCAAGUAUACUGAAUUGGUGAUCAUGUUGCACUUUGAAUGCCUUUUAAUUUCAAUUUUCAUAACAAAGUUUCUGAACUCUUCAAUAUAGAAGGCCUAGGAGUUUUGUUUCAUACAGGAUAUAGCUCUGUGCCAUAGCCAAAAUGAACAUGCCCACGUUAAAGGAAAUUGGCUGAAAGGCUAUCGACAGUGUCUGUGUGUAUGUGUAGGUGAGGCAUGAGAAGAAUCUUUUUAGUUUUUGUUUCACUCACUGGUUAGUAUAGAUGUGUGUUUGUUUUUUCUAAGCUAUAUUCUACAAGUUACUAUAAUACAGUAUACAUAGUAUUCUGUUCACUACAUUCAACUUUCUCUUGAACAGCAUGUCAGUUUAUUUUAGUCACUUUUUUGCAUGUUUUGGUGAAAGCUUUUUUUUCCAUGUCAAAUCAAAUAUACAGUAUUUUUGCUGUCACAGUUAAUUAACAUAAUAAAACCUCUAUUGUGAAGACAUCACCGAUUGAAUGUCACAUUUGUGAUAUUGUUAACAUAACAGCACUAUAUCAGCGAAAACAUUCUCUGUUUAAGAUGCCUGCACGAGCUUGUACAUUCUUUUGGGUUCUGUCUGCCUGUAAGGUUACAUAACAUCCUGGAAUGCAGUUUCUGAUGCAUUCCUGUUCUUUGUGAUUUGUCUAGUUUUAACUUGUGUGUGUGUUUGUAAUGCAGGAAGUGCAGUGCUUGGCUAGACACACAUUUUAAGAUGUCAUGUCAUCUACUUUUACAUAUUAAAUUUAGCCUAGAUCAAAAGGAAACAGUCUAGUUCAAGCUAAACUUAAUCGAAUGGAUAUAUGACUUACUAUGAAAGUAAGGAUAACCCAGCAGUCCUGCAUCAUGAGAGAUCUUUUGCUGGCUUGGUAAACACAGCUCUAUACAGUUAAUGGGUAUUGAUCAUAUGUGAUCUGCGGUGAUUUGAUUUCAUACCAUAAGUCUGUAGUAAUUAUUGCCCUAGAUCUCAGACGUGGCAUGAGAACGGGCCAUUAAACAAAAAUGUUUACGUAGUUCGUUCCAAAGGAAAACGGCACAGUUUAAUAGAAUAAUUUUAAAACCUUGUACUUUAGAGUUUUGCUUCAGCUAAAUAGUUAUGCAGAAGUGGGUUCUUUUCUUUCUUUUUUUUUCCUUCUGAUGUGUAAAGAAGCAGCCUUUUUAAUUACACGAGAAGAUGGUUUUUCCCUAUGAGCUAAGAAGCCAGGCGUUUAAUACUCUCUGUCCUGUGUGUCUGAUGUCACAUGCACAUUUUAAAGGCGUGACCAUGUCAAAGCUUUAAAUGUACUGCUUGGCAUAUAGAUUUUCAGAACAGCAUUUAUGACUGUGAAAUACAGACUUACAAGUAUUAGAAGGAUUUGUGGUCAGUUUUGAUUAGUUAAUUUAUGAUUUUGUUUGCUGACUUGAUUGCAUCAUUGAAAUCAAUGAGGAGCUUUUUUUUAAUUUUUUAAUUUUUUUAUUUUGAGGUUUGAGCAAAUUUCUUUGCCAUCAAAGGAAAGUUCAGAAUUCUCCCCUUGUUGCCUUGCAGCCUCAAAGCAAAAAGAAUUCUGCUUCAUAUGCUCUGGAGUUCUUUCAGCAAACACAGAAAUUCUUUUGUCUACUAAUGUUACACCCAGGCUUGCUUAUGUCUCACACGCGCGCACAAAGAUGAGCCAGUGUGAGUAGGCUAGCUGUAAACCAAGGGAAAUGAUGUUGGAGAGAGUGUCUGUUGCCUUUGGCGUUAAUGCUCUUAUCUCGGGCUUUCCCGAAUGCUGUAUGGUACUGAAUAUUCCAAAUGUCAUGAGUUGGUCUGAGCUAACCUUGCCCUGCCCAUAACACAGAUUAUUUGCCUAUUCUAUUAUCAGUGGUCAGCAGACAAAAGAAUGGGCUCAUGUACUUUAGCUCCAGCCACUCAGCUUGACCUCUCCUCCUCCUGUUUGUGAUGCUGUCCAAAGCCAAGGGCCUCCAGUGUUCAUCUCACUCUUUGCAGCUCCGUGACUGGGCAAUUUCACCUCCCGUGUUUUGUUUUUUCCAGCAAGGAUCGUGUUGGGGCUGAAUCCUAGCAGAAAUCCGGCUAGAGGUGGACAAUGGUAUCCACUGAGGAUACAGAAUGUAGAAAGCAUUGGGUAUACUGUUGGGAUUAAUGGUUCUCCGCAUCAUGCUGCUGGUGGUGGGCUGGUUCCGGUUUGAGUGUGUGUGAGCUCCACUGGCCUGCUGGGAUGAACAUGCCACUGCAUCAGAUAUCUGUCAUCCCCCGGGAUGUCACUUCCUCCAGGGGGUCGGGCAGCAGUGGGAAGGCCAAGGACAAGGACCGGGACAAACAGACUGAGAAGCCACUGGGUCAUUCUGCAAGCAGAUCCAGUAAUAUUUCAAAGGCAGGGAGCCCAACUUCUGUGAACGCCCCUUGCAGUUUCUCCCGGACGUCGGUUACACCCUCGAACCAGGACAUCUGCAGCUCUCUCCUUGCUUAUGGCCCCUAUUGCUGGCCUGUGUUCCUGCCCUGGCCCAUACCUGGGGCGUGUGGUUGUAGCGUGGCCGCUCCACCCCAGGAGCGGGUGUCUCAGAAGCCAGCGCAGACCGCCGUGCUUCUGCUCGACUCAGCCAGCAAGAGCUCAGUGCUGCACAGCAUCACCAUGACAACCCUCUGUCCGGACUCGCCCACCAAGUGCAAAAAUAAAGGCACAUUUGGAGCAGAUUGGCUUUCUUUGCUGAAGUCUUCAGUGAGCCAUCGGCCCGGUGCCGGCAGGCUCAGGUUCUCCCGGUCCCUCAACGAUGUUGGCCAGAAGAUGGAGAGCCUGUGCAGUGGCGUGCACUUCAUCGACCAUACAUGCUCAGACGGUGAGUUGGGCAGGGGGGCGGAGCAACAGAGGGAGGCUCUAGACGACAAGCCGCCUCCCUCCCUCCUGGUCCACACUGCCUGCGUCUGCAGGGGUGGCCAGGGGGUGGGCCUGGACAGGUGCGGUUGCACCUCUAAGCUGCAGAGCAGUUCCAACCUGCUGUGUCUCGGCUUCCCCCUGCCACGCUCCUCCACGUCGGGGAGCCUGCAGCCGGGUGACCGAGAGGCUGGCGAGGGCUGCAGCAAGGAGGUGGGCGACGAGGAGGUGUUCGAGGACGUCCCCGCCCACUGGAGGCGGAGGGCCUUGGAGCGAGCCGCCCCGCUCUGCUCGCCAGAGGACGACGGUGAUCUGGACCGUGGCCCCUCGCCGCUGUCGGAAAAAACGGGGCCCCACUCACCGUUCUCUCUGUCGGGGGAUUGCUGCAGGAUCUGUCACUGCGAAGGUGAUGAGGACAGUCCGCUGAUCACGCCAUGCCACUGCACGGGAAGCCUGCGCUUUGUCCACCAGGCCUGCCUACAGCAGUGGAUCAAGAGCUCUGACACGCGCUGCUGUGAGCUCUGCAAGUUUGAGUUCAUCAUGGAGACAAAACUGAAGCCGCUGCGCAAGUGGGAGAAGCUGCAGAUGACGGCCAGCGAGAGGAGGAAGAUCAUGUGCUCUGUCACUUUCCAUGUCAUUGCCAUCACGUGCGUGGUCUGGUCCCUGUAUGUCCUGAUCGACCGCACCGCAGAGGAGAUCAAACAAGGAAUACUGGAGUGGCCUUUCUGGACCAAGCUUGUGGUUGUGGCCAUCGGUUUCACAGGUGGACUCGUGUUCAUGUAUGUACAAUGCAAAGUCUACAUUCAGCUGUGGAGGAGACUCAAGGCCUACAACAGAGUGAUAUACGUCCAAAACCGGCCAGAGACUUAUAAAAAGAACAUUUUUGACAAACCUGUACUUAUGGAGCCCAACCUGGAAAAUAAGGAGGUCCUUGCACAAGCCCAGUCAGACACAAACUCUUCCCAGUACACAGAGACCGAGGACUACGGCAUGGAGAUACUGCAUGUGUGAGUGGCAUGGACACAGCCCCUUCCUGUGGGACCAGAAAUUGCUCCUUCUCCAGGCCACCAGUGGCACUACAGAGCACUGGGCGGAGUGUCUAAGACAGAACUCCUUCUGUUCUUUUGGUGUUACUUUUUCUCUUUUGUUUGUCUGUUCUGUUCCUGUAAGUUGUCGGCUAACCAUUAUAAAUCGGUGUGCAUCAGAUCCAACUACUGCCAUUGUAGUAAUGCUGUUGUAGGAGGUGUGAAGGCCACCACUCGAGCUGUGUGUGCAUCCGCCCUGCCCGCGUUUGGGUGUGUGUAUGCAUCUCUUCUAAUAGGGAGUUCUUAACAAUGCAUUCAAAGCACUUUUCAGUUCCCUGUUCUGAUGCUCUUGUGUUUUACUAUUGAGGACAUUUGUUGUGUGAUGAUAUAUAUAAAAAGCUUGAACUUUUGAGAGCUUAUCUCACAUUUUAUAUGACAGCAUUUGUAUUCCCCACUCACCCUUUAGACAAGAAAAAUUGUUUGGACUUUUGAGGGACUGGACAACUUUUAGAGAUAUAAUCAUGCCAUCUUUCAGGACAAAAAGGAAAAUAUUUGUCAUAUGUGUUAAUUAGCUCUUUUUUUCAUUUAUUUUAUUCUAUGUGUAAUUUAUUCUGUGGGGGAUACUGAAUCAAAGCAAAUCAAAUUAUUCUUACCAAGGGCUAGAUUCAGAAGUCUUAGCACUAGCAGAUACAUUGACAUGUUCUAACUUGUGACUGGUCCAUAAAGAACACAUUGACCAGUCACUAGCUAUGCUACUGUUUUUGUAUAUGCUAAAAACUUUGCACAGGCUUAAGACUUUAGUAAGUCAACCCCUAAAUACACCUUCAGAGGGCUUUAUAAUGUGGACUCCUUAAUAAAAAACAUUCUUUAUUGGUGACAUCACAUUAUUCUCAGAUGGGUGAUUCCUUGUAGCAUCCCACAACCUUUCUGAAUGAAUCAUGUUUUCUAUGCUUGAAAUAAAUUUAUAUUCAGUUUUUAUUUUGAUCACUGUCCCGAAGAGUGAAAUUUUUCCUUGGGGGGGGGGGUGAGGAGAAUGUUAUUUUUGUAAUCCUAACCAAUGUUUAUUUAAAGGCUUCAGUUAGAUUUUUCAGAUUAACAUUUUGUAUUCAGAUUCAUCUGACCCAAAUUGUUGUACUGUAUGCCUUUGCAUGUGGCAUAAUUGCUUGGCAUAACAAAUUUUAUUUUUCAACUUUGUUUUAUCCUUUAUUUCUUCUGUUACUCUGUUUCCUCAUGCACCAUUAGUACAUAAUUUUAUUUCUAAAAUUCAGUAUCCUGAGGCAGUAUUGAGAACAUUGCCAGGCAAGAAUAAGGUCAUGACUUCGGUGUCAGAACUCAAAAUGAUGUUAAAUUAAUCAGAUGUGCAAAUGAACAUGUUUUGUUAACUUGUUUGCAUGAGAUCAGAAAGGGUUCCCCAUUUCCUGAGGCUUUUCAGUUCUGCUCUCGAGACGUGCUAUUUUGUAAAGAUCAUGAUAUGCCAUUCUGCCAGGGGGUAGUGUACCCUGGGAUAUUGUCCUGAAAACUCUUGACUUGACCAUGUCCACAUGAAGAAAGUGGUUUAGACAUUAUACAUCUCAUUUAUCUCAAAACAAUAUGAUGAUUGUAAGUUUUUAAACAGUGUGGGUGGGUUAACUGGAAAACAGGGUCUGAAAGUAUACUUCUGCCAUCUAGUGACACUAGUCAGAUUAUAAUUUUUUAUUUUUUUUCCCAGUUAUAAUAUACCAUGACCACACCGGCCAAAAGGAAAAGUGCAAUUACAAAUUUACUUGUAGGGCGAUUAUUGCUGUCCUCACCACAUUUUUACAUGUUUCACAAUGCUUUCUUAUUUUGCUGUAUUUACUAAGUGUCUUGGCACAUCAUGAAGAUCAUUUCCUAUUUUAUGCAAAUAACACUACAUGUUCACAGGGUUGAUAUUGCAUAGGUAGCAUCAUCAGUACUUGCAUCUAAAUGGAUUUCUUUUGUGUGGAAAAAAAUUAGGUACUGUUGCGUGGACACAACUUUACCAUCUACUGUGUUGAGCCUGGCUAACCGAAGAAUGCGGUUAUGCCCUUUACCUGCUUGCCCACGCCACUGACCUCAAUUUUUCAUAGCUGUAACCUGGUGCCCUUUUACACUUUUUUCCUAGAUUUUAUUGCACAGGUUUGAAACUAGUGUACCUAUACUUUUGAUGACCUUAGAGAUCAGUAGGAGCUGGCUCCUGUAACUCUACUGCAGCAUGGGGCCUCUGAGCAUAGGCAUAAUCAACUUCAAACUGUGAGAUUUUAGCAAGUGUUUGGACAAGGUAUGAUUUGGAAAACUUCUCUGUUGUAAAUCUGCUGUGCACUUUGCCUUGUGGGGAAUAUCCAUUUCUGUAUUGCUGCACUGCGUCGUGUUUGUCCAGUUCUGAUCUUUUUUUUUAAAGUACAGCAAUAGUACUGUUUGCCUCUCACCUCUUUGCAGUACCAUGCUUCAGGUUGCUUGCAUUUGAGUUCUGACGAUCAUUGGACUAAUCCGUCUUCAUUAACCUACGCCCAGAUGACUCAGUUGUGUUUAGGAAGCAUAUUCAAAACUGCAGUGCAUUACUACUGAAUCGACUUGAACAUGGUCGAUGCAACUGUUUUUUGUUUGUUUGUUUGCCCCUCCAUCUUAUUCCAUUUUCUUUGAAUAGUAAAUGUAAUUUUUGUAAAAAAAAAAAAAAAGAAAAAGAAAAAAGUUUUUAAUGAAAGUGUGUUUUGAUUUGUUUGAUUUUUCUGUAUUUGAGCAAAAUAUAUAGACUGAAAACAACCAAAUAAAAUGAAGUAAACCUAUA